AUGAAUGGUAGCAGCCACUACCCUUAUGGUCAUCAUGCUCAUCAGAUAACCACUCAAGUUGUCAUCGAAUCGUCAUCCCAUCGCACGGAUGAUGUAUCUGUCGAUGACGAUGAUGAAGAAGUUGACGUGGAGAGAUGCGAUUUUGACUCUGAUGGACCACCACAACUGCUCGAUUUAUCGUGCAGGUUUGUUUUCCGGUGA